AUGCUCACUCGAGUGAAAUCUGCCGUGGCCAAUUUCAUGGGCGGCAUCAUGGCUGGCAGCUCAGGCUCCGAGCACGGCGGCGGCGGCUGCGGAGGCUCGGACCUGCCCCUGCGUUUCCCCUACGGGCGGCCAGAGUUCCUGGGGCUGUCUCAGGACGAGGUGGAGUGCAGCGCCGACCACAUCGCCCGCCCUAUCCUCAUCCUCAAGGAGACUCGGCGGCUGCCCUGGGCCACUGGCUACGCAGAGGUUAUCAAUGCUGGGAAGAGCACACACAAUGAAGACCAAGCCAGCUGUGAAGUGCUCACUGUGAAGAAGAAGGCAGGGACCAUGACCUCAACCCCAAACAGGAACUCAUCCAAGAGACGGUCCUCCCUUCCCAAUGGGGAAGGGCUGCAGCUGAAGGAGAACUCGGAGUCCGAGGGUGUUUCCUGCCAUUAUUGGUCGCUGUUUGACGGGCAUGCAGGGUCCGGGGCUGCGGUGGUGGCGUCGCGCCUGCUACAGCACCACGUCACCGAGCAGCUGCAGGACAUCGUGGACAUCCUGAAGAACUCUGCCGUCCUGCCACCCACCUGCCUGGGGGAGGAGCCCGAGAACACGCCCGCCAACAGCAGGACUCUGACCAGGGCAGCCUCCCUGCGUGGAGGGGUGGGGGCUCCGGGCUCCCCCAGCACGCCCCCCACACGCUUCUUUACCGAGAAGAAGAUUCCCCACGAGUGCCUGGUCAUAGGGGCGCUUGAAAGUGCUUUCAAGGAAAUGGAUCUGCAGAUAGAACGAGAGAGGAGUUCAUAUAAUAUAUCUGGCGGCUGCACGGCCCUCAUUGUGAUUUGCCUUCUGGGGAAGCUGUAUGUUGCAAAUGCUGGGGAUAGCAGGGCCAUAAUCAUCAGAAAUGGAGAAAUUAUCCCCAUGUCUUCAGAAUUUACCCCUGAGACGGAGCGCCAGCGACUUCAGUACCUGGCAUUCAUGCAGCCUCACUUGCUGGGAAAUGAGUUCACACAUUUGGAGUUUCCAAGGAGAGUACAGAGAAAGGAGCUUGGAAAGAAGAUGCUCUAUAGGGACUUCAAUAUGACAGGCUGGGCAUACAAAACCAUUGAGGAUGAGGACUUGAAGUUCCCCCUUAUAUAUGGAGAAGGCAAGAAGGCCCGGGUAAUGGCAACUAUUGGAGUGACCAGGGGACUUGGGGACCAUGACCUGAAGGUGCAUGACUCCAACAUCUACAUUAAGCCAUUCCUGUCUUCAGCUCCAGAGGUAAGAAUCUACGAUCUUUCAAAAUACGAGCAUGGAGCGGAUGAUGUGCUCAUCCUGGCCACUGAUGGACUCUGGGACGUUUUAUCAAAUGAAGAAGUAGCUGAAGCAAUCACUCAGUUUCUUCCUAACUGUGAUCCGGAUGAUCCUCACAGGUAUACACUGGCAGCUCAGGACCUGGUGAUGCGUGCCCGGGGUGUGCUGAAGGACAGAGGAUGGCGGAUAUCUAAUGACCGACUGGGCUCAGGAGACGACAUUUCUGUAUAUGUCAUUCCUUUAAUACAUGGAAACAAACUGUCAUGAAAAUGGCCCAGGGAAUUGGGAGAACAGAGGGGAAGAAAGCUGGGAUGCCUCUUGGCAGGAUGGAACUGGGAAGUGCCCAGCUGAUUUCCAAGUGAUGCAGUCUCUUCCCAGCCAGCCCAGGUGGGGAGUUUGCAGCCAAAAGGCCAUGCUUCAAGAUGACCCUUUGGUUUCCAUUUCUUCUUAGUAACAGGUCAACUCAAUAAGAGCAAAACACAAAGGCUGCUACCACGUGUUGUAUUUCAGUUCCUUUCACAGGCCUCCGAGGCUGCCAUUGCCUAUUUGGGGCACAUAUGUCAUAUUUAUUUUAUCUAGAGUAGCUGAGGCAGCCAUUUUCAGGUGUAAAUGGCAGAGGACUCUUCAGCCUGUCAAGCCGCCAACUUCUCUAAGGGUUAAAAAGUGCUGCACUGGAAAGUUGGGGGUCAUGCCUCAAAACAUAAGUGCCCACCGUCUAGGAAGCCUGAGAUUUAUUUCAGGGAUUGCCAUCUGCCCCUCCCUCUGUUUCCCGUUUUUAUGCUUUUGUGGCAAUGGUGAAGUGAGGCAGGGAUUUUUUUUUCCCCUUUUUUGACAUUCCUUGAAUUUGUUUUUUUUUUCCCCUCCAUAGAACAUACCUGGGACUUUCCGACACCCUGCUGAGGAAGUUCUGUGUCAAAGUCCCAUCCAGGUUGGGCUGUCCCCACAUCCUCCAGCCCACACAGUCCAGGCAGCAUCCAGGCUAGUGGCCUGCAUGACAGAGGGUCUUUGUUGUGUAAUAUUCCUUCCCAAGUUACAUUUUCUCCCCAAAUCGGUGUGUUUUCAUGAAACUGUGAGUGUUCUGUGGACCAGCAAUUCCUCUCUUGUCUUCAGUGGUCUCCCUAUGUGGCUCAAGGGUUCUCUAUGAGAGUCUGGAUUUUCACUUCUGAUACAGGUUCCCACUUUUUUGUGUUGCAGCGACACAUAUAAAGCAGUGUUUCAUAGAGCAGUUUAGGAAGUUCCUUGCAUCUGCUGGUUCACCAUACCUCGUCUGGGGACCAUUUUGAAUUCAGGUUUCAUGGCUUGUGACUGUCCCCAAGCCCACUCCAAACAAAGUGUGAGGAUCAGAGAUUUAUCAGGGAGCAGCAGUUCUGCUCUCCCCAUCAUCUUUGUGCGAGGCCCCUCGGUGGGGCACUUUAAUGGAAGAAUUUGAAAUGGGUUGACUGGCCAUUCUCAUGCUGUGCUCCCUAUCUGUUCUCUAAAGAAUCAUGUCCCAGCUCCUCCAGGUCCCACUGUGGUUGCACCUCUGAGUGUUCGUUACAAGAGCAGCAGCAGCAGGCACAGUCCACACCUUAUCUCUGCUGGGAGGAGUAGCCAAGUAGAUUAUAAAACUCACUUCUGACUCUUAGACUUGUAGAGCCACUAAACUGCCUAGUCUUCUUCCUGCUGAGCUACUGAGGUAUUGUCACCACUUUGACAACUUUGAGUAAUUGAAACACUCUUCUGACCAAAUAAAGAAAAAUGUCACUGGUAUGAUUUCCCCAAAAUGCUCAAGAGCUAAUUCCAGUUCUCAUAUUUGUUUGAAUAUCUUCUCCAGAGGAGAGGAUCAAAGUCUCUCCUCCAGGGUAGUAAAUCACCUGCAUUUCUGGAGUUGUUGAUAUUUUAUUUGAAAAGGGCUGGAGCCCCUCCUUCUCAGGAAUGAAUUCAUUCCACGGUGUGGAAAUAGUGCCCUGUGUGGCAGGUGAAGUGCUGUGAGAAUUCACACCUCCAGGUGUUUGUGGAAGUGUUUCCUGGGAAGAAUGGGACUUCUGCCUUGUCAGGAGUUGUCUUCAUCCGACAGUGCAUUUCCUCCUCCUCCACUAGAUCUUAGCUACCCCAGACAUCUCUAUGGAGAGUUGGUGGAAGAUGCUUUGCUUCUUUGUGGAGUCUGAUGCUGUGGGAAAACCUUCAGGCAUGCAACAGCAGUGUGUUCCACUCCCUGUUCUGUCCUGGCUCUCAGAGUCAUGUUUAAGUAGGAAAUCUGAGUAGGUCUUCUGCGGAGGACGCUGAGCUGUCAUCUUUGGGAUCCUUCCUGUGUCCCAACUGCCUUUUAUUUAUUUGCUUUCCUUGGCCUCUAUCUGGGCCCUACCUUGAUCUUCUCCAGUCUGAUCAAGCCAUCAGAGUAAGAAUUUGGGUGUAGAUGUCACAACGACCUUCUACUCAAUCCGCCAAUUCAUUUACUACUAAGGCACGUCUCAGGAAAAACUCUAGAAACCUCUCAUUUAAAGUAUUAUAAAAUCUUGAGCAUUUAGUCCUGCUGGUUUUAGUUAGAAAGGUAUCUAGGAAUUGUUUCAUAAGCCACUCUGGGUGAAAAGACCUUAGUUACAAGAUAAAGUCAUGUUUAUGUUAGGAAGACUAUAAAUGAGGUGAAGAAACCCAAAGCGGGAAAAUGAUGUAAAUGAAGCAUGGCAGUUCUGCCCAGCACUGAUCUUGCUCUAUGAAUUGAGCUAACUCAGUUUUGGCCCGAUAUUUCACCCAGGCCCCCUGUCACCCAAUCCUAGAACAGUACCUGUGUCUACAUAAUAGGUUGGCCCUUGGUGCAUUCCUGGGAAAGUCAAAGGACACACACUUCGAAAUGCUGCAGAACAUUAUUUAUACAUGGUUCUGAAAUCUUGUGUAUCUGACUUACAGUCGAAUCUGCUUGCUCGAAUAGCCUCAGAGGAAGUCUUGUUUAAUAAAAAGCUUUUGAUUUCCUAGUGAAGUCUUCAUGGUUGUCUUGAGGGGCGUGUGGCUACUUUAAUGAAAGUCAGCUCUAACUCUUGGUUGGGCUGGCCCUCUUCAGACUCUUUGGUGAAACUCCUUUCUUUAGAACAAACUCAGUCUCUCCGUACUCUGCAGCAUUUUGCUAGAUGAUAACCAAAGCCUUGUUUCUGUAGCCAGUGUCAGCAGUCAGAGAGGCAGAGGGUGUGUUCCGCUAUCUGCUGUUCUUGAGGUGGGAAAGGAGAAAAUCGGGCUAGGCCAAGAACUCAGCUGUCUAAUAGGACAAAGCCUUAAGCAGUGGGAAUUUCAGUUAUUUUCCACAGUAUUCCGUGUUAGGGGAUUUGGAGUGCUUACUUUUUAAAUUCUUAAACAACUUACUUCCAUGGGGCUUUGUGAAGUCAGCUGUGGCCACCAUCCUCUUACUGUGUUCUCAGUAUUCGUUUACUUCCGGGGAAGAAUGGCAGCCACAGGGAGAUGUUGGUGGGCAAGAAUAUGAGUCCCAGGAUCCAGAUUUAGCCUCAGAUCUUCCCCAUUCAGGCACGGUUUUUUAUUUAACAAGAGCGCUAGUAUGAAAACAUUAGGGACACAUCUCCUAUGUCUUUAAAAUUCCGACUGUCCUCUUCAUAUCACCUGCCAAUCAACUUUAUAAGGCCACAAGUGGUCACUGGUUUUCCUUCCACCGGUUUGAGGUUCUCAGCUUUCCUUAAGUGACCCAGCAGCUCCGCUGUUUUUCAGAGUGAAUAUGUUAAGCUUUGAUUCUAGUUUCAGUAAGUUAGUGCUUCUGGGACACUUUCAGAAAGCAGUGAGAGUCAGUGUCUAUGCAAAGAGCAACCUGGCCGAUCCUGAAAGUUAUCAAAUUAAGAAAAUGAUAAAACACGCUCUGACCACAGGACAGAAUUUUAUGUUAGGAACACAGAUUGUUUGGAAGACUUACAAUUGCAGAGAAAGGCUGUGGCCUGCACACUACAUAGCCCACCUCUCUGAGCAGACUUCGGUCCUGUGUGGGUGAUGUGGCACAUGUUUGUACACUGGGAUUUUUCAAAGGACACUAUGUGAGCAACCUGACUUGCUUCUUCUGUUAGUAUUGUGGCUUCUGUCAGAUGGAGUGGCGGUCUGCAGAGGACUGCUCUUUCCAAUCCACAGUGUUAUCUGUGUAAAUAGCUUUAAUUUUUCCUGUGUCUUAGGUGAAGUUUUGUUUAUGUAGCAACCAGGUAGACAGUGACCAAAUAAGGCUGUAAAUGUGCUGUAGUUUCCUACUGUGAUGUACUUGAAGGAGAACCUGUGUCCUCUACUUUUCUGAUCUCCCACAAGUAUUUUGUGUUUGUUUCCUGAGUCCUGAGGUUACUCUUUUACUCCUGUUUCUCGCCCAAUUUUUUUUUUCUGGAGACCCAGGGAGGAGGCCCAUGGUGGAGAUCAUUUGUAAGGAAUGUAUCAUGGUCUGGGUUUCCAAAACAACCCUAUGUUCAGUGAAUGAGAGAAAUCUGCCUUGAAAUGGUUUCAGAACAAUGUACCUUUAUGCUUUGUGAUUGUGAAACAUGGACUUUUUUGUAACCCCAAAAUGAAAACUGUUUAGUAAAGGGGAUCUAUUUUGUGUGUUUUGAAACUUAGGUGCAAUGUCCCCUGGAAAAAGCUAAAAAAAAAUGUAUAUGCUCAAUGACAUUUUAAAAUAAAAUACUAUAGAUAUGUAAAUAGGA